UGGUCCAGUUUUAAAGGUGGUUCUUGGGUGUUUUGCACCCAGAGCCUGAAGUUUGUAGGUGAUACAUGCAUGUCACAUUUAAUUUAAAACUGAUAGCUGGGCAAUGUCACUGAGAAUGCUAGGAAAAAAACCUCAGUACUGUCAUCUAUCUUGACACUAGUAAGGCUGUUAAAGCUAGUUUGACUGAGGCAGCUGCAUGUUUUUGGAAAUGUGCAAGCUGUUGAGUGCACAAGUGGCCAGCUGUUGAAAUAGUAAACUCAGUGGGAGAAGGGUAGAGAUGAAGGGGAAGGGAAUCCCUGUUCCUGUCUGAAAUGACAAAAAAUUAGUUUGUGGUUGAUAUUUUCCUUUCUAGAGAUAGUUAAUGUUAGAAAAUGGGUGGUUUUAUUUUUUUCCCCCUUUCGAUAUUUCUCAACUUCAUGAAAGAGAGAGAAUCCCAUCGAAAUAAUACUUCAUCAGUGCAUUUACUCCUCUGGGGGUGGAGGGAAUAAUUUGUGAGUGCUUUCAAUUUGCCCUGACCCUUCCCAGCAAGCAGUGGAAAGGCCCUGGACUUAAAGGCAGUGACUUUGCUCUUCAGUUGGUCUACCUUUCUGAGACACUAAUUUUUUUUCAAUUAUUUGGUUUUGUAUUUGACUAUUUCUCUUAGGAGAACAUUUUGUUUCCUGCUCAGUUUGUAACUGGCUAGAAUGUUCCAAAGUCAGCAGUCUAGAGCCCUGGGUGAGGAGUUUGGGUCGUGCUUUAAGUCACUACCACUGCUCUUAGGGACAAAAAACCUUUAGAACUUGGAGUCCUGCCUGUCCCAUGCUGGAGAGCACAAGAACCUUGAUGAGAAUCCUACCAGAAUGCAAUUCUGCUUCUUGGAAAUUAAGAUGCAAUGGAUCAGCUUGAGCAGAGGGUAAAUGAAUUUUUUAUGAAUGCAAAGAAAAACAAACCUGAAUGGAGAGAAGAACAAAUGACAUCAAUCAAAAAAGAUUAUUAUAAGGCUUUGGAAGAUGCAGAUGAAAAAGUGCAACUGGCUAAUCAAAUAUAUGAUCUGGUAGACCGUCAUUUGAGAAAAUUGGACCAGGAACUCGCUAAAUUUAAAAUGGAACUUGAAGCAGAUAAUGCUGGAAUUACAGAAAUAUUAGAGAGACGGUCUCUGGAGCUGGAUACGCCAGCACAGCCUGUGAAUAACCAUCACUCCCAUUCUCACACUCCAGUAGAGAAAAGGAAACACAAUCCAUCUUCUCACCAUAGUACAACAGAUCAUGUUCCUGAAAAGAAGUUUAAAUCUGAAGCUCUUCUAUCUACCCUGACUUCAGAUGCUUCUAAAGAAAAUACACCAGGGUGUCGAAACAGUAAUUCAUCAUCCUCUUCAAACAAUGCAUACAAUACAAACUCUUCUCAACCAUUGGCAUCAUAUAACCUGGGCUCAUUAUCUUCAGGAUCCGGGGCCGGUGCAAUUACCAUGGCAGCAGCUCAAGCAGUGCAAGCCACGGCACAGAUGAAGGAGGGAAGACGAACAUCCAGUCUAAAAGCCAGCUAUGAAGCAUUUAAGAACAAUGAUUUCCAGCUUGGAAGAGAAUUCUCAUUGUCCAGAGAUUCAGCUGGAUAUUCGUCAUCAGCUCUGGCAUCUACGUUAACUCAGACGUUAAGUUCAUCAACCUCAGAUUCACGAAGUGGCAGAAAAAGCAAAAACAACAACAAAUCGUCAAGUCAGCAGUCCUCCUCAUCAUCUUCUUCUUCCUCUCUAUCAUCAUGUUCUUCUUCAUCUGCACUGGCACAAGAGCUGUCUCAGCAAACAGCAGUAAUACCAGAGUCUGAUUCUAAUAGCCAGGUUGAUUGGACCUAUGAUCCAAAUGAACCACGUUACUGUAUUUGUAAUCAGGUGUCCUAUGGUGAAAUGGUAGGCUGUGAUAACCAAGAUUGUCCUAUUGAGUGGUUCCACUAUGGAUGUGUUGGACUGACAGAAGCACCGAAAGGGAAAUGGUACUGUCCACAGUGUACAGCUGCAAUGAAGAGAAGAGGCAGUAGACAUAAAUAAGUUCCUUCAUCUGGAAAAAUACUGCAUACUAAAGGUUUUAUAAAGGACUUGGGAAGAGAGGGGCAACUCUCACUACACUUCCUUGCAACCACUGAAGAGUAACAUAGCAUUCAUAGAAUGGUAUGGUUGGAAAGGACCGUAAAGAUCUUCUAGUUCCAGCCCCCAGUCAUAAGAUCUUGAACUAUUGGUUUUGCUAAGUCAUGUUUUAAUAUAGUAGGUAAAUUAUUUACGCACCUUGAUGUGCUACAGAUACUAUUCCAGUGAGCCUUGGAUUAUUCCAGUGGCCAACAUAUGCAGACAUUUGUACUAUCAGACCAUUUUCUCUAAGCAGUGGGCAUUCUACAAUUACUCAAUCUUCCAAAAAUUCAGAUAAGUCAAGAUUUUAAAUGUAUGUUUUAUAUACAACAGGUAUAUUCUGCUGCAUGUACUGUACUCAAGAGCUGUUACGUAACACUAUGUAUAUUAAUAGUGCAAAAAGUCAGUGCUUCUGAAAGGAAAAAGAGACAGUGGUUUUUAAAAUGCCUUUAUAGCUUUGGUUCUUUAUGAAAUUUAAUUCAGCAGGCUGAAGAAAAUGGUUCUUGUAUACAGCGGGCUGUUGUCCUUUAGGAUACUUGAGUAUGUAAAAACAAAAAAAAUGCUGUAGAAUAAAACAAACUUGUGCCAUUAGUCUUUAUAUGUUUCUGCUCCAAGAAGGAGGGGGCCAUAAGAAGAAAAAAAGGUGUUAAAGUGACAAUAAAUUUUUAUACCAAAUGUGUUUAUUUUUUUGUGCAAGUAAUCCUUUAAAUUUGAAUUGUAUUAGGUGUAAAAUAAAAGAAC